UGUUACAGGAAUUCGUAUACAAACCACUCAUGCUGGCUCUUUAAAGUGGAAGUACACAGUUUGGGGCGUGUCGGAAAAAUCUGCCAACAGGAAACAGUUUGAUGUAACAGAUGAGGGAACAGGUCGCACUUACAAAACAACUGUUGCAGAUUAUUUCAAAGAUAGAUACCGGUUAAUUUUGAGGUAUCCUCACCUACCGUGCUUACAAGUUGGACAGAAAAAGGACAGGUAUCUCCCAAUGGAGGUCUGUACCAUUAUUCCUUGUCUAAGAAAACUUUUAUCGGAACAACAGAUUGCAAAUAUGAUCAGAAGUACUGCUCGCCCUGCGCCUGAGCGGCAGCGUGACAUUCAACACUGGGUACAAGAAAUGACUCGAGCAAGUAGUAAAUACUUAAGAGAUGAGUUCCAAACCUCAGUCAGCACAGAGAUGGUUAAGGUGGAAGGACGUGUGCUUCCACCACCCAGAAUCAACCUUGGGCCGCAGGAUCAGCCGUUGGUUCCUCGUGAUGGUUCAUGGGACAUGCGCAACAAAUCGCUGCAUGAUGGAGCCCGCAUUGAAAAGUGGGCAUUGGCUUGUUUUUGCAGGAGAUGUCGGGAAGACCAGCUGAGAAAUUUUUCUAAGCAAAUGGGCAAUGUAUCCAGUCGACAGGGUUUGAAGAUGUCAGAGGAGCCAGUUGUUGUGAGAUACGGCAGGGGUGCCAGAGAGGUAGAGAGUUUGUUUUCUAAAUGGGUUGUGGACAUUCCAGGCCUACAACUGAUCAUGGCUAUUCUGCCCGAGAGAGACAAACAAAUCUAUCCGGAGAUAAAACGUGUCGGAGACAAUGUCAUUGGAAUUCCAACGCAGUGUGUCCAGUCAAAACACGUAAACCGUACCAACCCCCAGGUUUGCGCCAACAUUGCGUUGAAGAUUAACUCCAAACUUGGUGGAAUUAAUCAUGUUAUAGAUCCAGGUGUAAAGUCGCCUGUUUUCAGAGAACCUGUUAUUAUCUUUGGCGCCGACGUCACUCACCCCUCCCCGACUGAAAAUGGAAUUCCUUCCAUUGCUGCUGUUGUAGCGAGCAUGGACGCUAAUGCCACUAAGUACUGUGCACGAGUGCGAGCACAGAACCACAAGAGUGGUAAAGGUGCGCAAGAGAUAAUAAAUGACUUGGCGGUUAUGGUGAAAGAGCUUUUAAUUGAGUUUUACAAAGCCAAUCGGAAGCUUAAGCCUAGCAAGAUCAUCUUCUACCGGGACGGAGUCAGCGAGGGUCAGUUUGACCAAGUUCUUGUUCAUGAGGUGCGGGCUGUACAACAGGCCUGUAUUAUGCUUGAAAAAGAUUAUCGCCCGAGAAUCACUUUUGUUGUGGUUCAGAAGCGCCAUCAUACGAGAUUGUUCUGUGAAAACCAACGAGAUGAAGUUGGCAAAGCAAGGAAUGUUCCUCCUGGUACAACAGUGGACAGCGGUAUCACACAUCCGUAUGAAUUCGACUUUUAUUUGUGCAGUCAUUAUGGAAUCCAGGGAACAAGCCGACCUACACACUAUCACGUGUUGUAUGACGAUAACUCAUUCACAGCAGACGGCCUUCAGCAGCUCACAUACCAGCUAUGUCACGUGUACGCACGGUGCACACGCAGUGUUUCUAUGCCAGCCCCCGCCUAUUAUGCCCAUUUGGUGGCUUUCAGAGCCAGACACCACGUAACCGGAAAUGGAAGUAUCGACCUGGUGAAAUCUGCAAAAGCCAUCGAAGUCAACGCGAAGAUGAAAGGAGCCAUGUACUUUACUUAGCUAUUCAGCGGGAAUAUGAUGUGCACAUGCGCAAUUUAACGUAUUGGCAAUGACGAAAACAACGAAAGAUGGAAACUGUUUUGUUGUGUUAUAAUUGUUAUAAAUUAGUACUGUAACUCCCAGGAAUGAUCAAAGUUUCACUUCUCCUUACGAUUCAUAUAUGUUGUCUUAUAAACAGUUUAGGAGAUUAGACAUGCUUAUUAGCCGGAGUGUUUUCUGAUAUAACACCAUAUUAACCAGUCUCAAUCAUAGGGAAUUGUAUGUCCGUCAGAAGAGAGAAUUACCGCUUGGAUCUGGGAAUUAAAUGGUCCAACCAGAAUUAGCAAACAAGACGACUAUUGCUAUGAAGACAUCAAUUUAAAUAACUGCUUGUUUUUUCCUCAUUUUGUUAAAAAAAGGGUUGGGCUAUUUAGAGGUAUCACUCUUGAUUUGAGCAAAAUUUUAUUGAAAAAAUGAAGUAAACUAGAUUCAGUUCAAUUGUUAUUAUUAUCAAAACAGUUUGUAUAAGAAAAAUGUAAAUGGAAGAGACACUGCCUCCUCACAAAUGUUACACGUUGUGAUAGAAAAGACUAAAUGUAUUAAAAUGGUUGUUUGACAUA